AUGGCAGGCUGGGUCCUGUGCAUGGCCCUGGUGCUGGCAGCACUGUCGGAGGCAGUGGGCGAGAGCCGCUAUGAGAAGUUCCUGCGGCAGCAUGUGGACCACCCCCGGACGUCCGCACUCGCCGCGCACCGCUACUGCGAGACCAUGCUGGCGCGCCGGCGGGUGACGGCCCCAGGGCGGCCCUGCAAGCCCUCCAACACCUUUGUGCACGCACCGGCCGAGGAGCUGGUGGCUGCCUGCACCCAGACGCCCGAUGCAGCGGGGUUCCACAGCACCCCGACCUCCAUGAGCCUCACAGCCUGCCGCCUGCGGGGGGGGGACACCCGGCCCCCUUGUGCCUACCGGGCCCGGCAGCUCCAGCACCAUGUGCGUGUCUCCUGCCUUGGCGGGCUGCCCGUGCACCUCGCUGGCACCCACGCCCCCCCCCAGUGA